GACCACACCCCUGUCCAUACCCCUUUUACUUGGGCAACUCUAUUGAUCUGCUCUGAGUUGUAACCGGCUCCUAAUCAUCAGUUAUAAAACAAGAUUUAACAGAUUAACAAGAUUCAAAUGAUCCAAGCAGUCGUGAUGCUACAGCAGUGCUUCAAGCGAGUUCAGGAGAGAAGUGAGGUGACCACAGCACAUCUAGUGUCCCUUUUCAGUGAACUAAAUGCGCAAGAGUAGUCUUACAUGUAAAGAUGGUUUUUCCCUCUGUUGGAAAAAAUCAUGUUAAAAAUAACGAGUGAUAAAUGUACAUUAUUCUCUUCUUUCCAGGAAUCACUACACCACUGGUUAUCAGCUGUACAAUCCCAGAGUGGCUGUUGGAAAUGAUCUGGUUGUUGCAUUCUCUUCAAUAGUUUCAUUUGUCUCCUGAUUUUCUCCAUUUGUCUUCUGCUUUAGAUAAUGAUCUAAAAAAAGCCCUUUCACAUCCUGAUGUCUGGAACAAGCUCAGAUCCUUCGCAAAAGCCCUCGGAUCCCAUCCGCACAAACCCCAUCCAUGGUCCUAAAAUAAUCGCUGACAAAGGAGAGAAGUCGUACCUGUGCCCGGAGUGCGGGAAGAGUUUUACUCAGCGGAGUACUCUUCACCGCCACAAGCGCAUUCACACGGGAGAGAAGACCCACCACUGCCUACUGUGUGGGAAGAGUUUUAACCAGCAGAGCACGUUUCAGCGACACAAGCGUGUUCACACCGGAGAGAAGCCGUACCGCUGCCUGCUGUGUGGGAUCAGUUUCACCAUACAGAGCAACCUCCGGCGGCACCAGCGCAUCCACACGGGAGAAAAGCCGUAUCACUGCUCGCUCUGCGGGAAGCGUUUUACCAACCACAGCACCCUGCAGCAUCACCAGCGCAUCCACACCGGGGAGAAGCCGUAUCGCUGCCCUCACUGCGGCAGGGGCUUCACCGAGCACGGCACUCUGCAACGACACCAGCGCGUCCACACCGGAGAGAAACCGUACCACUGCUUAGACUGUGGAAAGAGCUUCAAACAGCAAACCGCUCUGCAGCAGCACAAACGCAUCCACACCGGGGAGAAGCCAUAUCACUGCACGCAGUGCGGGAAGAACUUCAUCCAGCAAGGCCAUCUCCAGCAACACCAGCGCACCCACAGAGCGGAGGGGCCCUGCAUCCGUACAGGUGAGAAACAGUACCGAUGCUCGCUGUGUGGAAAGAGUUUUACUCAGCAGAGUACUCUCCUAACACACCAACGCAUCCACACAGGAGAGAAACCCUAUCCGUGUUCAGAGUGCGGGAAACGUUUCAAUCAGCGGAAUUCCCUCCAGAAACACCAGCGCAUCCACACAGGCAAGAAACCGUACCCCUGCUCGGUGUGUGGAAGGAGUUUUACCCAGCAGUGCACCCUUCAGCGACACCAGCGCAUUCACACCGGAGAGAAACCGUAUCGCUGUUCAGAGUGCGGGAAGAGCUUUACCGACAGAGAUGAUCUCCAGCGACACCAGCGCACCCACACCGGAGACAAACCCUACAUCUGCUCGCAGUGCGGGAAGAGCUUCACGCAACAAAGUCAUCUCCGGCAACACCAGCGCACUCACACCGGAGAGAAGCCGUAUCAGUGCUCGGAGUGUGGGAAGAGUUUCGCCGAGAAGGGCCACCUUGAGCGACACCGCCGCAUUCACACCGGGGAAAAGCCGUAUCCUUGUUUCCAGUGUGGGAGGAGUUUUAUUUCGCAGAGUAUUCUCCAGCAACACCAGCGCAUUCACACAGGAGAGAAGCCGUACCACUGCUCACAGUGCGGGAAGAGUUUCACUCAGCAAAGUACUCUACAACAACACCAACGCAUUCACACCGGAGACAAACCAUAUCACUGUUGUGAGUGCGGGAAGAGCUUCAACCGCAAAAGUCAGCUCCAGCACCAUCGGUGUGUUUAGUGACAUCGGAGGGGAGAAACGUUGCUUAUAUUAUUUAUUUAAAAGCAGAAAAAUACAGCUGUUUGAUAAUUACACAAACAUCAAGAAUACCUGUUUGACAUUUGAGCAUUUAGGCUUGUGAUUUGUGUUGGGGAUAAGAGGAUUGAUUCGUUUUAGGUUGCAGUUGGCCAGCUCAGUGAUAGCUCAGUGAUUAAGGUACUGGAUUAUAGCUCAGAAGGUCCCUGGUGUAAACCCCACUGUUGGGGGGCCCUUAACCUUUACCUGCUCAAAUGGGAUCGAAUGUAAGUUACUCUGAAUAAGGGUGUCUGCUAAAUGCCAUAAAUAUAAACUGGACUAAUAAUGUUCCUAGUAAUUGGAUCUUAAUUAUUAUAUUUCACCAAUCUGAUCCAAGACAUGUGAGUCAGAUCUCGCUGAGGUUUGAAUGGAAAAAGAGGCAUCAAUGCUACAUGUACUUGUUUGAUUUUUAAUGUGGUGUGAACCAAAGAAUAUUAGUGGUUUGAGAUGACAUCACUGCAUAACAAUAAGCCUUGAACCUAUAGACAGUGGCGCAAAAACGUAUUUAUUUAGCCACCAAUUGUGCAAGUUUUCCCACUUAAAAAGAUGAGAAAGGCCUGUAAUGUUCAUCAUAGGUAUACCUCAACUAUGAGAGACAUGAUAAGAAAAAAAAUCCAGAAAAUCACAUUGUAGGAUUUUUUACUGAAUUAAUUUGCAACUGUUGAUCAGCGCCAUACUGUACUGCAAUGCAACAAUCAUUUACUUUGCUGCUGAUUUUGGUAGAAACUCUAACUGAAAAUAUUAAAGACAGAAUGUGUAACGUGUGGUGGUUACAGAAACUGUUGAAACUGACGUUAUGCUACACUGCUAUCACCUGCUAUCACCUGCCAGUUCUCUAAUUGAACACAGUUUGGCAAAUCAUUGC